AUCUUGCAACUAAAUUUUAAAAUUCAAGGCUACUAGCAAGAUUCAAAAAGUUUACUUAAAAUUUAUAAUUUUAUUGAUGGGCUAAUUAGGAUAAAAAACAAGAAGUCACCAUGGUUAAAGUCACUCUAGCAACGCUCGGACGUCGCAAAAUUAUAAAUUAUGAUUCAGCUCCACUGCCUCGGGUGCUCGGUCUCCUUGACCUUACCACUUUGGGCAUUGGUACCACCAUUGGAGUUGGAUUUUACAUCCUUGCUGGCGAUGUUGCACAACACAUCGCUGGCCCCGCUGUGGUGAUCUCCUUCCUCAUCGCCGCCAUCACAUCUGUGUUUGCCGUGGUGCUGGCGUUCGGUGUGAAGGAGUCAUCACUGAUGAACACCAUCGUGACGAUCAUCAACAUGUGUGUGGUGAUAUACGUCAUCAUCGCGGCCGCUACACUGGGUGAGACACGUGUAUACUGGCCUUACAACAUGUGUGUGGUGAUAUACGUCAUCAUCGCGGCCGCUACACUGGGUGAGGAGGCUAUCAGACCGGAGCGAAACCUGCCUCUCAGUAUCUGCAUUUCUCUCUUCGUGAUCUUCCUAGCGUACUUCGGCAUCGGCACCGUACUGACCCUGGCGCUGCCCUACUGCAUGCAGGACCCUGGGGCGCCCCUAAUCUACCUCUACGACUACUAUGGCAUGAACGUCUCCAAAAAUAUCGUCAGCUUUGGUGCGCUCUUCGGCUUCUCGGCCAGUUUGUUCGGCGCGAUCUUCCCCAUGCCUCGCAUCAUCUACGCCAUGGCAGCGGACGGGCUGCUCUUCAGGAGCCUCGCGCGCGUCAGCGAGCGCUUCCAGUCCCCCGUCGUGGCCACCUUCGUGUCGGGCGUCUUCGCUGCUAUGAUGGCCAUGCUGUUUGACCUGGACCAGCUCAUCAACAUGAUGAGCAUAGGGACGCUGCAGGCCUACACCAUCGUCGCUCUCUGCGUCAUGUUGCUCAGAUACUCGGAUGACCCUGAGUACGUACGAGUACCUACAGUACAUGAGUACGGAUACUCGAAACUGCCUUUGUUCGGCGCGAUCUUCCCCAUGCCUCGCAUCAUCUACGCCAUGGCAGCGGACGGGCUGCUCUUCAGGAGCCUCGCGCGCGUCAGCGAGCGCUUCCAGUCCCCCGUCGUGGCCACCUUCGUGUCGGGCGUCUUCGCUGGUGUGUUGUGCUUCACGACGACGCUGCUGUUCACGCUGCUAGGGCCGUCCGUGGUGGACGGUGAUGCGGUGUCCAUCUUCUUCUGCUCUUUGUGCUUGGUGCUGUCCAUCAUCGUCGUGGCGUCCAUCUCCAGACAGCCGCGGUCAAAGAAGCGCCUCGCUUUCGAGUCUGGAUGCUUCGCCAUCUACUUUUUCUACGGCAUUUGCCACGUGGACCCUGAACAAACGACCGGUAGGGAAUCCGUGACUAACCCUGCCUUUGAGGAUGACAACCCUGACCCUGAGGUCCCUAAAAUCCUGGUCCAGCAGCCAACCCCACACCCGUCCCGACCCCACACCCCGACCCCUGAUGGUACCGAUAACAAAGACCCAGGGAUUAGUGAUACCAAAGAACCUGUUACUAGUCCAUUAGGUACCGAAGAACUUGCCAUGGUUCCACUAGUUACCGAAGAACUCGUACGGCAAAUGCCGCAAGCAGACGACCCUGUAACUGAUGGCAUGGCAAUUGAAAUGGAAAACAGCGACCAAAAAAUCGUCCAAAAGGAAGAAGCUCUUUUGGGCUACGACGCUCCACCAGCUUACGGUCAAGUGGCAGAACCACCUGUAGGGCAGAAAGAACCUUCUGCAGGCGGAGAGGAACAACCUGCAGGCGGGCAAGAACUUUCUCCAGGCGGGCAAGAACCACCUACCGGCGACCAGGAACCAUCGGUACCAAACUCCGCGCUGGUUGCGGCUCCGCUUGUUCGCUGGUCGCUGUCCGACGACGAACCUGACGAUGGGAUACGACCUGAAGACGUCGCACGAGACGAAGGUAACGAAGCAGCAUUAUCAUCGUCUGCUUCUGUGACCCACCAAACGGACCCUGUUACCCACCAAACGGACCCUGUGACCCACCAAACGGACCCUGUGACCCACCAAACGGACACUGUGGGCCACCAAACGGACCCUGUGACCCACCAAGCGGACCCUCUAACUCUGCUCGCCAAAUCAUCGUCCGUUGGUGACGUACACGAAGACAUCGAGGCCCACGGCCCCGUUUCAUCAAGCGUUCCAUCAACACCGCUGGCCCAAAGACCCGGCCCGUUGAUACGGAAUUCAAGCUUCGAUUCAAUACCCCCCAGCUCUCCAACUGACCCGUUAGCAAAACGGGUCAACGAGUUCUUGGUGAUACCCGUUAAAGAACCAUUUGACGGGCUAGACGUUAUACGUGAACGGGGCGAGAGCAAACUAGUCGCCGGUGACCCGUUCGAUGAUUUGUCUGGCGCUUACGGCGUCAAUAAAGCAAAUGAUAGCCUGAAUGAUAACGCUAAUAAUAAGGCAAAUGAUUCCGCAAAUAAAACAAAUGAUAACACUAAUCAUAAUGCAAAUAAUAAUACAAAUGAUAACGCAGUCAACCGGAAAGAUUCCCCCUUUGAUAAUUUGCAAUCAGAUCCCCUGGUAGGUUCAUCAGUCUCACCUCCGCCGUCCCCUCUACCCCCUACUCCUCCUUCGUCCCCUAUGCCUCCUACUCCUCCAUCAUCUUCGCCUCCCCUCACACCCCCUACAUCUCCCCGAAGAGAAAGUAUCUCCCAAAAUCAUCCCCCUACUUCCCCCCAAUAAAAUUCCCCUUCUGAAACCCCCGCUGAAGUAUCACCACCUGCCAAGACGUUACCAUUAGCAAUCCCAUCCGCCGUCAUCCACAGCGACUUCACCGAAAUCCCCGAGUCUUUCCCCAAUGUUUCUAUCCUCCCUGGGGAUGCCACCUCCCCAAAGGAGGACCCCCUACUUGCGCCCCAGUAGCAGGGAGUCUCAGGUCAGGACGUUAGUGCAGAGCUUCUCUGCUGACGGUGCUAAGGACGCGCCAUCGGCGGCCAGCGAUCCUAUUACCAUCUAGCGCAGCGCCGGCGUUGCUUACGGACCUCAGGAACAAAUUUCAGUGAUUCAUGGCACCUGCAACCUGCAUUCGUGGCACCUGCAACCUGCAUUCGUGGCACCUGCAACCUGCAUUCGUGGCACCUGCAACCUGCAUUCGUGGCACCUGCAUUCGUGCUUAGAGCUGCAGACCCAACUCUUGGAUGCCCUAACAUUCCCUUAGAACGAGAGCAUUCCCUCCUCUACCCUUACUAAAGUCGGGGAACGCCUUCGCUUUUGUGCUGGAGUCGCUACACUGGGCCCAAAGUUACUUUGGGUCUAGAGUAUGACACGUGUGUCCUGAGAGUAUGACAAGUGUGUCCUGAGAGUAUGACAAGUGUGU